UCAGAUGGGCAGUGCAUAGCUCUGCAGCACUAUGAAACUACACAUGUACAGUAGAUGACUGGCUAAUAGAACUGUAAUAUAACCGAUUUAGAUGCGUUUUUAUACGUGUUAUUCGUACUAAAGCCCACAGGAGACACGGCGCGCGCUCUUUACCGUCCAUAACAUCCCGGGGGUUUGAUCACGAGAGCUGACUCUGCUGACGAAACUUUCUACCUGCGUUUUGUUAAAGAAACCACACCAACUCGACAUGAUGCUCUGAUGGUAUCCAUUGAACCCGGGAUAUCCUGCAUCCACAUUCUCCACACCAGUUUUGUUUCCUUUUGCUUCAGGGUAGUUUCAUUCUGAAAGCGGAAGUUACACAAACCGCUGUUUUAGAUUGCAGUCGCCGCUGCUGUUUAUCAUAAGGACAGGCCAUGGCGAACGAACACUCCCCUCUUCUUAUUCACGGGGUGUAUGGCAUUAUGGGAGAUGCUGAUGAUUCCAGGGGUGGAUCAGGAGUGACAGGGCAGGCUUCCCCCAAAUCAAACCCCCGCAAACUCAACACCUUCUUUGGAGUCAUGGUGCCCACCAUCCUGUCCAUGUUUAGCAUUGUGCUGUUUCUUCGCACAGGGUUUGUUGUGGGCCACGCUGGUCUCCUCCAUGGUCUCCUCAUGCUGUUCGUGGCCUACUUUAUCAUCUCCUUGACAAUCUUGUCCAUAUGUGCUAUUUCUACCAAUGGUGCGGUGGAAGGAGGCGGAGCCUAUUUCAUGAUCAGUCGUUCUCUGGGACCGGAGUUUGGAGGUAGUAUCGGCCUAAUGUUUUACCUGGCUAAGGUGUGUGCAUGUGGAGUUUAUGUAUUAGGACUUGUGGAGGCCAUACUUGACAUCUUCGGGAAGGAUCCAGGCUCAACUGUGUCACAUGGGCUGCGCGUGUUGCCGCAGGGUUACUGGUACACAGUGUUGUACUCCUCUAUAGUGCUGUUGGUGUGUCUGGUGGUGUGUCUGGUGGGUGCUCACAUCUACGCCAAAGCCUCUUUUGCCAUUCUGCUGGUGGUGACUGUGUCACUGAUCUCCAUUUUCAUCAGCCCUCUGAUACUCAAACCACAGCGCUUUAACAUCACGCACACAUAUGGCAAUAAUCACACCGUCACUGUCAACCCCAGCUACACGGGCUUCAACGGCUCCACGUUAAAGAACAACAUUGGACCGGGCUACUCUCUGGACUACAGUACCAACACGAUGAUGUCAUUUGCUACUGUAUUUGCCAUUAUGUUCACCAGCUGCACAGGCAUCAUGGCAGGAGCCAACAUGUCGGGUGAGCUGAAGAACCCAAGCGAGUCUAUUCCUAAAGGGACCAUUAUGGCUGUGUCAUACACAUUUACUGUCUAUUUGAUCCUAUUUUUGAUCCUGAGCUGUACCUGUGACAGGCUAUUGUUAAUCAAUGAUUAUGCAGUGUUUCAGCGUGUGAAUGUAUGGCCUCCACUCGUGACGAUUGGGGUGUACUGUGCGUCUCUCUCUGCUGCCAUGUGCUCUAUGAUAGGAGCCUCUCGAAUCCUCCAUGCUCUUGCUCUGGACCAGCUGUUUGGUUUGCCUUUGGCUCCAGCUGCAGUCACCUCUAGCUCUGGGAACCCUUGGGUCUCUGUGCUCUAUACCUGGGGCCUGGUGCAGUGUACUUUGUUUGCGGGACAGCUGAAUGUGAUUGCUGGCAUUGUGACAGUGUUUUACCUGCUGGCGUAUGCUGCGGUGGAUUUGGCUUGUUUGGCUCUGGAAUGGGCCUCUGCUCCAAACUUCAGGCCAACAUUUCAGUUAUUCUCUUGGCACACAUGUUUGUUAGGUAUUGUAAGCUGUGUGGUGAUGAUGUUUGUGAUAAACCCAGUCUAUUCCUCAGCCAGUAUCGUACUGCUGCUGCUCCUCCUGCUAUUCCUGCACUACCGCUCACCCACCAGCAGCUGGGGCUACAUCAGCCAAGCACUCAUCUUUCACCAGGUGAGGAAGUAUCUUCUCAUGUUAGACUCCCGUAAGGAUCAUGUGAAGUUCUGGCGGCCACAGGUCUUGCUGAUGGUGGCAAACCCUCGGUCCUCCUGUCAGCUCAUCUGCUUUGUCAACCAGUUGAAAAAAGGAGGACUGUUUGUCCUGGGCCAUGUGCAGAUUGGAGAUCUGGACUUAUUGCCGGCAGACCCGGUGCAGCCGCAGUAUAAUUUCUGGCUGAGUCUGGUGGAUAAAUUGGGUGUGAAGGCCUUUGUGGAUCUAACUCUCUCUCCAUCUGUCAGGCAGGGCACUCAACACCUGCUCCGCAUCACUGGGUUGGGAGGUAUGAAGCCUAAUACCCUGGUUUUGGGUUUCUAUGACAACUCUUACCCAGAGGACUACUUCUUACAGGACCCCGUCUUCUGCGAGGGUGAUCGGGGUGAGGGGGAUAAUUUUGGGGUGGAUCUGCCAUCUCUACAGGCUUAUUUUACACCUGUACGGCAUGCCGAGAGCCCUCGGUCCCUUCAGCCCGAGGAGUAUGUGAGCAUCAUCCGCGAUGCCAUAAAAAUGGGAAAGAAUGUUUGUUUGGGUCGAUACUUUUACCAACUGCCACCUGAAAGCAAAGGCAAAACAUUCAUAAGAGGAGGUGACAGCGUGAAAACCAUCGACGUGUGGCCGUCAAACCUACUCUGUCCAGGCAGUGCCAGUUACGCAGAUGUGUGUAGUCUUUUCUUGCUUCAGAUGGCGUGUGUAUUGAACAUGGCCAGCUGGUGGCGCUCUGCAAGGUUGCGUAUAUUCCUCUGUGUGGAGUCCCAGUCAGAGGACCAGGGUUGGCUAGCUAAAGAGGAGCAGUUUAGAGACUUGCUGGGAAAGCUGAGGAUUCGUGCUGCUAUUAAAAUCGUGACGAGGGAUAAUGUGUCGUGCACCCUUGGAGAGGCCAAUCCAGAGAGACAAAAUGUAGAAAUAAAAGCAGUGCCGGAAGACUUCCUGCGUGCUGUGAAUGCCCUGCUAAAAGAGCAUAGUUCUACAGCAGCGGUGCGCUUCCUGUAUUUGCCACACCCUCCUUCCAUUGCUGACCAAUCACAGCAGUACCUGACACAGCUGGACGCUAUUACACAAGAACUGGGCCCAACUCUUUUGAUUCAUGGAGUGACACCAGUUACAUGUACUGAGCUAUGAGAACUGUCUAUGUAAGGAGAACAGAGAAACAUCAGAAUUGCAACUGUAUUUGAUCCCUUUUCAUUUUUAACUUGAAUAAAUAGCAGUAAUUGUGAAGACAAUGUUAAUAUGUUAAUUUGUUACUGAUGAUGAUAUUGUGUUAUUAAGUUGUGAUUUGUUUCCUCUGUUUGCUUUUCUUAACCGCAAGGUCAGUGAUAGUGGGAAGCGAUUGUUUGAUAUAAAUUUCAAUAGCAAAUUUUGUUCAUUCAAGUGUCUGACGACCUCCGUUAUCCGUGAUCUGUUUUUGUGUGCAAGAGACAUUGUAUGGGUGCUGUGUGGACUUUAUUUGGAAAAAAAUUCUCUUAAAUGAAUGUUUAUUAACUUUUUGUUUGCUUUUUGUAGUCUUGUCAGAUAAGUGUGGUGACCAUACGGGGAGUAUUGUUAAUAAUUUCUGCGGACCAUUCAACCCCAUUGUGACCCAGUUAGAACUUGCGGGGUCAACGAGGAACCAUCACAGUUUUGGGUCGUUUAAGCGAUAGUUCCCCCAAAAUGAAAAUUCAUCAUUUCUCAUCCUCUUGUGAUAUCAAACCCAGAACACAACACAAAAUAACACAAAAGAAGAUAUUUUGAGGAAUGUGGGUAACCGAACAACAGCUGUACCUAUUAAUUUCUAUUGUAUGGACACAAAACCAAUGGGUAACAAAUUUGUUUUUUAACAUUCUACAGGUUUGAAAUGACUAGGGUGAGUAAAUGAUAACAUAAUUAAAUUUUUGGGUUAUCUAUCCCUUUAAUGCUGCUCUCAACUUCAUGAUGAAAGCGCUUGUGUUGCACAGUACGCUCAAAGUGUAUUUAUUGUCUGUUUGGUAGCUUUAAAAAGAUAUUAUUAUUAUGUCCUUGUGUGUGAGAGAUGCAAUUACAGUGGAAUGAUUUAAAGUUGUAUUUGAGGGUCCAGUUAGUGAUAGUGUUGAAGUUGAACAAAUAAAAGCUGUUUGUGUUGAUGGUUGCCUUUGCUAGGCUGAAGGCCGAGCCUAAAGCUUCGGACCUGAAUCAGAUUGGCCACGGUAUAAAAACAUGACGAACAUAGAAGUGCCUUUUCUGUUGUGUCUGUGUUGGUCUUUGUAAAGUUUAAAGGGAUACCAGCUUAAAUACUUGAUUAUUUUGCUCUUAGAUUGAAAGUGUGUCUGUUGGGUGAGCCUUUGUUAAAAAGUUACCAAAGUUAAAGUGAGCUGAAGCCUAAGAAGAGAAGGUCAGACCUUUGUAAGGUUUUUAGAUCGUAUCACAGAAGUAGUGGGUGUCUAACGCUGAAUAAUAGUAGUGUACAAGCCAUUGCAUUCUGUGAUUUUAUUAGUUUGCAAUUUUUACAGUGCUUGGAAUUGCAUUAUGCACAACGAUACUUUACAUAGUAGAGUUUUCCCAGAAUAUCUAGAAAUCCUAGAUUUGUUGUGGUUUAUCAUUAGUAUUAGUAUAGCUAAAUUAUACAUCAAUAUACAUAAAGCAUUACUGUAUUCAAGACGGUGAUAGAUGGGCUGUACACUUCAUGAUCCUGGACAGAACAUUUAGGUUAACAGAUUGUCUGAAUCGUAUGACUCAUAAAGUAUGUAAACAAAAUACAAAGUCAUUAAACUA